AUUGUCGUUGGGGGGAAGUCGAAGAAAACGUGGAGAGUCAGAGUGUACGCCAACUAACAAGAACCAGGAAUCCGUCCAAGUUCAUUCUUCACUUGUACCGUACGCCAUUCCAUUUUCCCUCAGCUCCAUCCAGUUCUUCACCAACUCCAACCCUUUUCAAUCCCUCAUUUUCAAAUUUCACCCCCAAAUUUUUGUUUCUAUUUCGUUCAUUCAUUAGUUAUGGGAGUGGAAACUGGAAAUGUGUUGGAAAAUCUCAUCAGAAGCUCCGGCGGUUGCGCCGUCGUCGACGGCGGUUUCGCCACCCAGCUCGAGAGUCACGGCGCCUCCAUUAACGAUCCUCUUUGGAGCGCUCUUUGCCUCCUCAGAGAUCCCGACCUAAUCAAGCGUGUGCAUUUGGAGUUCCUUGAAUCUGGCGCAGAUGUAAUUUUAACGUCAUCGUAUCAGGCAACUCUGCCUGGAUUUCAAUCGAAGGGACUGUCUAUUGAAGAAGCAGAAUCACUGCUUAAAAAAAGUGUCGAAAUCGCCAUUGAAGUUCGCGACAAGUUUUGGAACUCAAUAAAGGCUAAAUCAAGCCAUGAUCACAACAUACCUCUGGUUGCUGCCUCCAUUGGCAGCUACGGUGCAUAUCUAGCAGAUGGAUCUGAAUACCGUGGGGAUUAUGGAACCAAUGUGAAUCUCGUGAAGCUGAAAGACUUCCAUCGCCGCAGGCUGCAAAUUCUCUUGCAAGCACAGCCCGAUUUUCUAGCAUUCGAGACGAUUCCAAACAAAUUAGAGACUCAGGCUAUUGUUGAGCUUCUAGAUGAAGAAGACUCUCAGAUUCCGUCGUGGAUUUGUUUCAGUUCAGUCGACGGUGCAAAUACUCCCUCGGGGGAGAGCUUCGAGGAAUGCCUUAAUGUGAUCAAUCAAAGCAGCAGAGUAUGUGCAGUUGGGAUAAACUGUGCUCCACCCCAUUUUGUUCUAAACCUUAUCCAUAUAUUCAAGGAGUUUACAAAUAAGACAAUUGUCGUGUACCCCAAUAGUGGAGAGAUUUGGGAUGGCAUUGCUAAGAGAUGGGUGCCAUCGAUGUGCUUUGAUGAUGGAGAUUUUGUUGUGCUUGUGACAAAAUGGCGAGACGCCGGUGCCAAACUCAUCGGGGGUUGUUGUAGAACCACGCCUUCAACGAUUCGAGCAAUUUCUCAAGCUUUGAAAUCCGGUUAGUAUCGACGUUUAUAAAUUAGAACGUAAUCCGUUAGAUCUAUUCUUAUAAUGUUUUGAUUAUUAUUGGGAAGUUGUUGCACAAUGUUAGGCACGCAUAAAAUAUAAAAAUAUUAUAUUCUUUUAUUAUAAACAGUAUGUGCAUUUUGUAAUAAAGACAUGCGUUAUUUGUUCAUAAUUACACCGUAUAUUGUAUAAUACUAUAUCAGGUGCUAAAAUCUAUUAUUGCAUGUGU